CAGUUUCUCUUGGCGUUAGCUAAACACUCGCAAGUGAAUCCUCGACGAGGUCGGAUGAAUUUCGAAACAGCCCUGGUGUGUGCCACGAGCGGCCGAUAAGGUUUUGCGCUAAUUUACGUACAAUAAGGAUUAGUUGUAGUUUAGCGAAGGAAGAUUCGCGCGGGAUAUGAGCUACCCCGAACCGCUGUGGGAAGUCAACGGAAAUCAAGCUCCUGUAAUAUCAACAACAACGGCAACAACCACUCCGGAGAUGUCACAAUACGUUGGAAACGAAAUCGGCAGCUAUCCCAUGUGGGACAGUUCGGUUCUCUAUCCGUCGGCACCGCCGCCUUCUCAUCAGCACGUCAACGAACACGGCUUGUACAGGCAGCCGUGCGCAUUGCUUCAUCAAAGUCGUUACAGCCAAAACGGAAGAUCCUCGAACGUGCCCACCUCGACGACGAAGAAGCCUAGACGCAGAGUAGCGACGGUGUCCCAAAGGAGGGCAGCCAACAUUCGCGAAAGGCGUAGGAUGUUCAAUCUGAACGAGGCUUUCGACAAACUGCGACGAAAGGUACCUACGUUCGCGUACGAGAAGCGGCUGUCUAGAAUCGAGACGCUGAGACUGGCCAUAACGUACAUCGCUUUCAUGGGCGAAUUGCUGGGUAUCGAGCCCAACAGCUCCAAGACGGACUACAUACCCAGGGAUUAUUACCUGCCGUCGAGUUAAGAUAGAGGAAAAGUCAAUGAGUAAUCAGUAAACCGGUGAAUCAAUUUUCAAGUAUAUGAUUUCGGUCGAGAGCGCAUACCGAAUUACACACCCACGCGUGAUUUUAUAUCUCGAGCUGCUUGUUUAUCUUGAAAAUCGUAUCGAAGCUAAUUGGAGGUGCUCAGAGUAUACUUAGGAACGAUAUUCGCGCUUUUCGAAUGAAACACACGCGCUCGCUUGGGUAAACAGUCGUGUACAACGCGGUUCGAGGGUGAUUCCGUCAGUAAUAAUACGCGUAAUGAAUGCGCGGAUAAACCGCAUAAAAAAAGCAUUAUCAUUGGUUCAAUUAUUGUUAUUAUCAUUAUUAUUAUUUUUGUUAUGAUAAUUACAUUGAGUAUUUUUCUUAGCUUUAGUGUACACAUAGGUGCGUAUUUUUCUAGUUAUUAUUAUUUAUGGAUGAUGUACACUGAGAGUUUUAUGUUUACGUAUGUUAAAAUUUCAGUGUUUACAAAUAUGUACAAUUAAUAUUUAAGACGUACGAUAUGAUUUGUCUUUUUCUUCUUUUAAAAAAUUCGAGCGCAUUUCGAUUACCUACAGCCAAAUUAAGACAAUACCGCAUUUCGCACAUGUAAAAAAUUAUAUAAAAUGUCAGCAAAGAUGAAUUUGCAUAUCGAUGGAGCAAACAUUUCGCUGGUAAAAAUCGAUACUGUAAUCACAUUGUCUUCCAUUCCUCAAUAAGUAUGAUCGAUAUGUUAAGUAUAUAUUAUCACGUACAACUAUAUGUAUGGCUGGGAGUAUUGUACUAAAAUGCUUAGUUGUUAGUAAGCAUCCACGGUUGCAAAUUGGUGACAUUAUUAUUCAAAUACAGAAGUGCCCGUCCGAUGAUUCAGCAUUUUAAUAAAAUAGUCCCAUAUAUAUAUUUAGCUUUAUAAAAAAACGUAAUAGAUCUGUAUCGUUGAGAAGACUAUAAAUAAAUUUAAUACACACGUGAGAAAAAUAA